AAAAUUAUAAAUCAGUGGAGAGGAGUCUCUGUUGGUUGUUGGGGUCAAACCUUUCUCAGACGAUGGACAGUCUACCAAGAGAAAGAGAGACAUGGGCCAAUCGUGCAGAGUUCAUCCUUUCUUCAGUAGGCUAUGCAGUCGGAAUUGGAAACGUGUGGCGCUUUCCAUAUGUCUGCUUCAGAGAUGGUGGAGGUAAUUUAAUGUAAAAGUAUGCGUUGGAAUACGACGUUUACCCUGGUGCUCUUAUAAUAGUUUUAAUAGACUAUUAUUAGCUAAAAUGUUUUAUCAUUGAGUUCUACAUCUCCUCAGGUGCGUUCCUCAUUCCCUACCUCACCAUGACGUGUCUGUGUGCCAUCCCACUGGUGUUCAUGGAAUUUACAGUGGGGCAGUACACAAAAAGAGGACCUGUUGAGGCGCUCAUCAAAAUCUGCCCUCUAAUGAAAGGUGGGUUAACUUUUGUCUCAAAAAAGUGAAGAAAAUGUUCAUACAUUACAAGAUAUUGUGAUGAGGUGUGAAUGACGGAGUCAGGCGCAGGAAGGUAAAACACCGAAAUCCAGAGUUUAUUCAGUAUACAUGAAUAAAGCGCAGCAAGCGUCAAAACGAAACUAGCACAAGGGAAAAAUCCACCUUGGCUACAUACAAGGCAAGAGUAGCUCAACCAAGCUACUCACUCUCACAAUGAACAAUCACUCACAAAGGACAAGGGGGCAGAGGGAACACUUAUACACAGACUAAUGAGGGGAUAAGAACCAGGUGUGUGUGAUUGACAAGACAAGACAAAUGGAGUGAUGAUAAAUGGAGCGGUAGUGGCUAGUAAGCCGGUGACGACGAACGCCGAAACCUGCCCGAGCAAGGAGGAGGGGCACCCUCGUGACAGAUAUAAUUUACCGGUGUUAUGAAGUCAGUUUCUAUACCAAGAGAGACCACAAGCAACAGAAUAUUAGAGCCUGUAUCAUUUUGUAUUUUAUUUUAGCUAUGUUUAUUCCAUGUUUGUUGUUGUUGAUCUCCAGGUGUGGGUGUGGCUAUGGUGAUGCUGUCCUUCAUCGUGGUCUCCUACAACAACACAGUCCUGACCUGGGUUCUGUACUACCUCUUCCACUCCUUCACAGAGCCGUUGCCAUGGCAGCUCUGUAACGCCACCUGGAACGUUCCAGAGAACUGCUCCAGCUUCAUGGAUAACACCACCACCCACCUGCAGUCCGCCGCUAAACAGUUCUUUGAGUAGGUUUAAAAGUUACAGUUACAUUUUAACCGUUGUCAUUCAAUGUCACUUACAAGCUGUGAUGUUGGUUUAACCAAAUUCACAACACAGAUUUUCGAAACAUAAUUGUACAACAUCUCCCUAGUUGUUUUGAUCCACCAAGCAUGUAGCAUCAUUACACUUAAAUACUGUGUGUGUGUUUAGCCAUAGGCUCCUGGAGGUCACUGAGGGGAUGGAGACUGUGGGCCACCUGCGUUGGGAGCUGGUCGGAAUUCUCCUGCUGAUCUGGACCAUCCUAUUCUUCUCUGUCUGCAAGGGGAUCAAAUCCACUGGCAAGGUUGUCAAUCGCUCCGAACCAUUGUUAAAGACAUUAUAUACCCAACUGAGCACUUCAUCAAAAUGAUUCUGCUCUACUAAUGAUGAGUGUCAGGGAGAACUAUUGCGUUGUGACACUCAAAUCACUCCACACACUCAACGUGUGUGUGUGUGUGUGUGUGCGUGUGUGCGUGUCCAUCCACAGGUGGUGUACUUCACAGCACUGUUUCCAUAUGUGGUCCUUCUGGCUCUUCUGUUCAACAAUGUCCGAUUACCAGGAGCCCUGGAUGGCAUCCUAUUCUUCCUAACCCCCAAAUGGCACAAACUGGGAGAGAUACACGUGAGUGGGUCAAAGCACUUAUAAACUUUGACUUGACUUCGACUUGAAUAAGUUAUCUCAUUCUUGAAUUAAUGACAUAGAAAUGUUGUUAUAGUCAUUGCGAUGGUCUUGGUUAGGUUUCACUACACUGAUUUUCUUAGUCAGUUUGCAGGUCUUGCUCCCAUAAAAUAAUUACUUUGUCAGUCUAUAACACUGUACCUAUCCUUGCUUGAGUCAUUAUGUGGGAAGUGUUUGAGAGCAGUUUGACCUCAGGAAUGCCCGCUCAUUGUUUCAUGCUUCCAGGCGUUGGUGCUUUUAUUUGUCUAGAGAAAACAAUGUUUGACCAGCUCCUGUUGUAAACGUGUAACUGUCAGGCGUUAGCUCCUGUAUACUGCUGUUACCAUUAGCUCCUGGGGCACUGCACUGUGGCUGGCCCAUUGCUUCCAAUGUGUGUGUGUCUCGGGGGGGGGGGGGGGGGGGGGGUUGUGAGCAUAAAGACAAAUGUCCAUUCUCUGCAAGUUAAUAGACAAUAAGGUGGUUUUCUUCACAGGUAUGGAUUGAUGCUACUGCUCAGAUCUUCUACUCAAUAGGAGUUGGGUUUGGCUGCUUAAUGUCCAUGGCCAGCCACAACAAGCUCAACAAUAACAUCCUCAGGUAGCAUGCAGAAAGCCUUUUUUUUUUAACGUGUGACAUUUAGCAAAUUCCACUGCCAUUGCUAACGAACACACAAAUAUACAGUAUUUCGCCCCAUACAAAAUGAACUGACUAGUGUUGCACUAGUGUUGCACUUCUACAGAACUAUGGAUUUCAUCUGAAUGAUGUAAAAAAAUUACUUCCUAAACGUAUACAAUGAACUCAUCAUCAUCUUUUGUGUGCGGCAGGGAUGCAAUGAUUGUCACUCUGGCGAAUUCUGCCACCAGUAUUUUUGCUGGCUUCGUCAUGUUCUCUGGCAUCGGCUACAUGGCACAUGUGCACCACCUCCAAGUGGAGCAACUAGCUGUUGGAGGUACCGUUCAGGAGGACAGCUCUGGUCCAGGGUGUUACUGGCUGUUGGAGGUACUGUUCAGGAGGACUUAGCUCUGGUCCAUGGCGUUACUGGCUGUUGGAGGUACUGUUCAGGAGGACUUAGCUCUGGUCCAUGGCGUUACUGGCUGUUGGAGGUACUGUUCGGGAGGAGUUAGCUCUGGUCCAGGGUGUUACAUGUGGUUUGCUGAUGCUGAGCCUUCUUCAACAGGCAUCUUUUUCAAGUUUCAAGAUUUAAUGUCACGUACGUACACACGUACAGUGAAAUGCCUUGCUUGCCAGCUCUAAUCCCAACAGUGCAGUAAUCAAUAUCAAUGUAUUACUAAAAAUAACAAGGUAGAACAAAAGCCCAAGUGAAAUAAUAACAGGAGAAAGUAAGAAGCUAUUCACAGGGUCAGUUCUAAUAGCAUAUUUACAAUGUGCAGGGAUAGUGGAGGGAUAGAGGUAGAUGUGUAUAGGGGUAAGGUGACUAGGCAUCAGGAUAUGUGAUUAACAGAGUAGCAGCAACAUAUAUGAUGAUUGUAUGUGAGUGUGUGUGUGCAUUUGGUUGUAGAGUCCGUAUAAAUGUGUGUGCAUGUUAUGUGUGUGUGAGCAAAUUAAGUGUGUGUGUGUGUGUUGGAGUGUCAGUGUGCGUGAGUGAGUGUAUAGAGUCCUGUGAGUGUGCAUAGAGACAGUGCAAAAAUAGAAAUAAAACACAAGGGUCAACUCAGAUAGUCUGUGUAGCCAUUUUGUUAGCUAUUUAGCAGUCUUAUGGCUUGGAGAUAGAAGCUGUUCAGGAGCCUGUUGGUGUCAGACUUGAUGCACCUGUAUCAGCAGAGAGAACAGUCUAUGCCUUGGGUGGCUGGAGUCUUUUUUCCGGGCCUUCCUUUCACACCGCCUGAUAUAGAGGACCUGGAUGGCAGGGAGCUCGGCCUCAGUAAUGUACUAGGCGGUCUGCACCACCCUCUGUAGCGCCAUGCGAUCGAGAGCGGUGCUGUUGCCAUACCAAGCGGUGAUGCAGCCAGUCAAGAUGCUCUCAAUGGUGCAGCUGUAGAACAUUUUGAGGAUUUGAGGGCCCAUGCCAAACUUUUUCAACCUCCUUUUUCAACCGACUGUGCGCCUGUGUGUGGACCAUGUUAAGUCCUUAGUGAUUUGGACACAGAGGAACCUGAAGCGCUUGACCCGCUCCACUGCAGCCGCGUCGAUGUGGAUAGGGGUGUGCUCGCCCCUACGUUUCCGGUAGUCCAUGAUCAGUCCUUGGUGUUACUGAGGUUGAAGGAGAGGUUGUUAACCUGGCACCACACUGCCAGGUCACUGACCUCCUCCCUGUAGGCUGUCUCAUCAUUGUUGGUAAUCAGGGCUAACACCGGCGUGUCGUCAGCAAACUUGAUGAUGGUGUUGGAGUCGUGCGUGGCCACGGAGUCGUGGGUGAACAGGGAGUACAGGAGGGGACUGAGGUGAUGCUGCCUACCCUCACCACCUGGGGUCGGCCCGUCAGGAAGUCCAGGAUCCAGUUCCAGAGGGCGGUGUUCAGUCCCAGGGUCCUAAGAUUGGUGACGAGCUUGGAGGGGACAAUGGUGUUGAACGCUGAGCUGUAGUCAAUGAACAGCAUUCUCACGUAGGUAUUCCUCUUAUCUAGGUGGGUGAGGACAGUGUGGAGUGCAAUUGAGUUUGCAUCGUCUAUGGAUCUGUUGGGGCGGUAUGCAAAUUGGAGUGGGUCUAUGGUGUCUGGGAUGAUGGAGUUGAUGUGGGCCAUAACCAGCCUUUCAAAGCGCUUAAUGAUUACAGGUGUGAGUGCUACAGGGCGGUAGUCAUUGUUGAAUGAAGCCUUACAGUUCCUUGGAACAGGAAUUAUGGUGGUCAGUUUAAGACGUGGGGAUUACAGACUGGGACGAGGAGAAGUUGAAAACGGCCGUGAAUAUGCCUGCCAGCUGUUCUGCGCAUGCUCUGAGAACGCGCCCUGGAAUACCGUCCGGCCCCACGGCCUUGCAAGUGUUUACCUGAUUAAAGACCUUACUCACAUCGGCCUCGGAGAUCACCCAGUCCUCUGGGUCGGUGGGGGCCCUCACACCCGGCACGGUGUUGUUAUUGUCGAAGCGUGCAUAAAAUGCAUUGAGAUCAUCUGAAAGAGAGGCAUGGUUGGGCAGAUCACGUCUGGGUCUUCCUUUGUAAUCCGUCAUGGACUGUAGCCCCUGCCACAUGCGGUGGGAGGCGGAGCCUGUGUAGUAUGAUUCCACCUUGUUCCUAUACUGUCCUUUUACUCAUUUUGUUGAAGAAUGCUCAGCAUCAGCAAGCCUCACGUAACACCCUGGACCAGAGCUAACCAGGGGUUAUGUACAGAUGGUGGAAACUGAAUGUAGAUGCUAAAGAGAACUUGUCCCACUUUAAAUUAACUACAAAUUAUACUGAAUUAUCACAACAUUUUCCUUGAUGUAAUCCAAUAGAAAACAUAUCUAGAAAAUGACAUUUACUGAAGUAAAUGUGGUGUGCUUGCUAGUCUGAAGUAAAUGUUGUGUGCUGGCUAGUCUGAAGUAAAUGUGGUGUGCUUGCUAGUCUGAAGUAAAUGUGAUGUGCUUGCUAGUCUGAAGUAAAUGUUGUGUGCUUGCUAGUCUGAAGUAAAUGUGAUGUGCUUGCUAGUCUGAAGUAAAUGUUGUGUGCUUGCUAGUCUGAAGUAAAUGUGGUGUGCUUGCUAGUCUGAAGUAAAUGUUGUGUGCUUGCUAAAUCUAAUCGUCUCCUUGUUCAGUGAUCGAUAAUCAAUGCACGGGCGCAGACCGCCGUCUUUCUUCUUCACAAAGAAGAAACUUGAGGAGGCGGGUGAAGUGGAGGGACGUAUAUACCCCUGGCCCAGGGACUUGGUGACGUAUGUUUCCAUAGCCUCCGUUCCAGCCUGCGACAGGGGGUACACAUGACUCCUGGGAGGUACAGCAUAUACCCAAAGGUUUAUCGGGCAAUCCCCCGCCCGAUGAGGUGGAAAUUUAGUCGCACGCGUCUUUGAAAACGCGUGCGCCAAAUUGAGGUAUUCGGGGGGAAUGCGCACGGUGGAGGUACCGUCUGGACUUUCCACCGUGGUUGCACCAACGGAAACAUCUAGACACCUACCCUGACACUCUCGCGACCACCCUGUGAGAGCCCUCUGCGGCCAUGAGAAGGUGGGGUUGUGGAGUGCUAGCCAAGGGAUACCUAAUACCACAGGGAAAGCAGGAGACUCAAUAAUCGAAAAAAUAAUCUGCUCAUAAUGUGUCUCCUGGGUGAUCAUGGUGACUGGAAUAGUGACUUCCGUAACAAACCCGGACCCUAAUGGUCGACUAUCGAGUGCUCUGAUGGGGAGUGGAAUGGAUAGGGGAACCAAUGAAAUGCCUUGACGGCGUGCGAAUGCCCUGUCCAUAAAGUUCCCAGCUGCGCCUGAAUCGACUAGCGCCUUACACUGGGGAACUACCUUGUGAUCGGGAAAGUGGAUAGGUAGGGUACAGUGCGCAGAAGAGGGCUCUGAACAAGUGUGGGUGUUCAAUACCUGGGGUGAUGCGUGAGUGCCCUGCCUGCCGCCUCCAGGCGCAAAAUAACGUUGACUACGACGUGUGGUAUACUGUCCCUUCGUGCCACCAGAGUGGCACUGUCGCUGUCAUCCUCCGCUUUCUCGGCCGGCGACUCCACCCAGCUCCAUCGGCUCGGGAUCCGAGUCGUCCGGGGUGGAAACGGGCAGACCCCUACCAGGACGUCCUCUGGCUGCCAGCAGGUUGUCCAAACGAAUGGCCAUGUCCACCAGUUUAUUGAAGGACAACAUGGUGUCCCGGCAGGCUAGCUCCCGUCGGACGUCCUCCCGCAGAUGGCACCGGAAAUGGUCGAUCAGGGUCUGCUCGUUCCACCCGGACCCCGCUGCCAGCGUCCGAAACUCCAACGCGAAGUCCUGCGCGGUCCUCGUCCCCUGCCUCAGGUGGACCAGCCGCUCGCCCGCCUCUCAACCCUCGGGCGGGUGAUCAAAGACCGCCCGAAAGAGGCGAGCGAACUCCCUGUAGUCCUCCAACGCGGCUCCUCCUUCGUUCCACACCGCGUUGGCCCACUCCGAUGGCGCCGGCCUGAUGCUGGAGAAGUACAGCUCCAUUUGGAGGAGGAAUCCCUGGCACAGUGCCGCCGUCCCAUCAAACGCCCGUGGUCGGGAUAUCUGGAUCCCUCCGGGUGCUGGGGUGUAGGUGGCUGGAUCCGGUUGGCCACCCGAUCCAUCGCUUCCCCCAAGCUGGCCAGCAUCGUGGAAUGCUCUUGGACUCGUGCCACGACUUCAGGCAUGCACUCUUCUCCCGCUGACUCCAUAGCGGGUGGGUGAUUCUGUGAUGAGUGUGAUGGAAAGGAGUCAGGCGCAGGAGGGUAAUCACCGAAUACAGAGUUUAUUCCUUCGUAGACACACAAAUGCGCUCAAAUAGCGAUAAACGAAACAGGCACAGGGGAAAAUCUAUCCUGGCAACAACAUGUUACGAGUAGCUCCACCGAGCUACACUACUCUCACAAAUAACAAUCACCCACAAGGACAAGGGGGCAGAGGGAAUACUUAGACACAGACUAAUUAGGGGAUAGGAACCAGUUGUGUGUGAUUGACAAGACAAGACAAUUGGGAUGAUGAUUGGGGCGGCAGUGGUUAGUAAGCCAGUGACGAUGAACGCCGAAGCCUGCCCGAACAAGGAGGGGAGGCAGCCUCGGCCGAAGUCGUGACAUCUGGAGAGAGAUUUUAAAUUAGAGAUGAACUUCAAUGCUAGUUAGGGAUACUAUAGUUAUCACAUUUCACAUUGGAUUUAUUACCUACAAAAAGUUUUAACUUUAUAAAAUGUUUUUAGCUAGCUGGCUUCUCUGGUCCAAAAUUAAGCCAACUCUGAAGUUCCUCCGUAGAAGCUGGUCCUCCGUAGGUAUAAUUCUGUGGGUCUAAUUCAGAUAAUACAUGUCAUCAGAAGAUGCCCAGCGCUUCAAGCCAAGCCUCCUCCUCCACCCUCUCUCGCUCUCUCCCCACCCACAAAAUGUCAGUUGCAUCUCGCAUCCUACACUUGUCUUUCCAUCACGCAUGUAAACAACUCACUGAGCAAUAGCUCGCCAGCUCCAUAGCAAGCUGCUCUAUCCGUACUGCACGAUUGGUGAAGUAAUUUAAUGUCGAGCUAAACGUUUUUUAAAAAUUAUUUCAGAGGUUUAAAAAGGAACAGAAAGGAACAAUAUAAACCAGUACUUUAUUUUCAGAAUUGUAUUUUGUUGUUUGGAACGAAAAAAUAAUAGUUAUAUUCAGAAAAGAUUGGAAAAUAAUUUCGUUUCCAGCCCCUGGUAGUAUCAAAACGUUUUUAUUUUAUUUUAAGCAACCUGCGGACGUUCAGCCUGCACUUUACAAGGUUGUUUUGGUGUUGGUAGCUUUUAUGAUUUUGGCCCUACAGAUGGCAGCGGAAGGCAAAUAGUAAGAAGAAGUAUGAACAGUUUCUAAAGUUGCGCUUUGCUUUUAGCAAGCACACCUAAGAAACAGUCAAAUCAAAUCACAUUUUAUUUGUCACAUGCGCCGAAUACAACAAGUGUAGACUUUACCGUGAAAUGCUUACUUACGAUCCCUUUCCUAGCAAUGCAGUUAAAAAGUAAGAAAAUUAACAAAUAGAUAAAAAAUAAAAUAAUAACACAAUAAAAUAACAAUAACGAGGCUUUAUACAGGCUAUAUACAAGAAGUACUGGUACCGAGUCAGUGUACUGGGGUACGAGGUAGGUGUGGUGGUUGAUUGAGGUAAUAAGUACGUACAUGUAGGUUUGGUUAGGUGAUUGAUUUAAUUACUAUUUACAUAUAGGUGGAGGGUGAAAAGCAGAAAGUCUGGGUAGCCGUUUAAUUAACUGUUUAGCAUUCUUAUGGCUUUGGGUUAGAAGCUGUUCAGGAGCCUUUUGAUCCCAGACUUGACUCUCCGGUACCGCUGCCGUGCAGUAGCAGAGAGAACAGACUGUGACUUGGGUGGCAGGAGUCUUUGACAAAUGUUAGGGCCUUCCUCUGACACCGCCUGGUAUAGAGGUCCUGGAUGGCAGGAAGCUCGGCCCCAUUAAUGUACUGGGCCGUACGCACUACCCUCUGCAGCGCCUAGCGGUCGGAUCCUGAGCAGUUGCCAUACCAGGCGGUGAUGCAGCCGGUCAAGAUGUAGUAUGAAGUAAUUUAAUGAUGCAACCGCCAUACCUGACCUAGAAUGUGUUCUUGCCUGAACUGUCACAAUAGAACUGUACCUGUCAGGUCCUGAAAACACAUGUAAAGAACAUGUCAUGGUUAUACAUACAGUGACUCUAUGUGUGUGUGUGUGUGUGUGUGUGUGUGUGUGUGUGUGUGUGUGUGUGUGUGUGUGUUUAUCCAGGGCCUGGUCUGGCGUUUGUGGUUUAUCCAGAGAUCUUCAGCACCAUGCCUGUCUCUCAGCUCUGGGCCUUCCUCUUCUUCCUCAUGCUGAUGUGUCUCGGCCUGGAUAGUCAGGUUCAGCAGCACACACACACACCCACAGGCCCACACACAAACCCACACACACACACACAAACACACUCACAUGCAUUAGUGCACACCAGGCACAUGCACAGAUAGAGGUCUAGGGGUGCCUGAGCACCAGCUCUUUUGCCCUUUUUUUUUUAUAUUAAUGCAUCUUUAUUUUACUUUGACUAUUUUCUCUCUUGCUAUUUUAAAUGUAAAGAAUCAAACUAAUUUCUCCUUUUUAAAUCUUGAAAAAUGUAUUCCCCCUCCCCCGCUCCUUUUCCCACACGCGAGCUUAAAUUUUUUACAUUUACAUUUUAGUCAUUUAGCAGACGCUCUUAUCCAGAGCGACUUACAGUUAAUGAGUGCAUACAUUUUCAUAGCUUACACUGCAGGCAGAAGGUACAGGCAACGAGAAGUAAUUUGAGUAGUGGCCACUUUGAGUUGUCUCUCAUGGUCAGGGUCAGGGAUGGGUUCAAUUUGGCUUUUUAUUUGUAGGCCUAUGAGGCAGAUGUCAGCAGCAGAACAAACUCCAGCCACAGAAAAAACACUAGUUUGUUUCAACAGCAUAGCUAGCUAGCUAACUAGUUGGUUUACAUAAUCUACAUUCACUAUAAUCAGCUGAUAGCUGAUCACCUCUUUGCCCUCUCUGAGCAGUAGGUUAGCUAGCUAGAUCUUGUUUACAGUUGAAUGAGUGUCUGUUUGGAGAAAAUAAAUGCAAAAAUAUAUAUUUCUGUACAGUAGAGAAGUAUGAAUGCAAAGGAAUUCAAGACAAAAGUUGUUGUUGCUUUUUUUAGGGGUGCCCUUUUUUCACUUUGAGCUCCUGCCCAUCAAAAGGUCUGAGCAUGGCCCUGGUACACACACACACACACACACAUACACACACACACACACGCACACACACACACACACACACACACACACACACACACACACACACACACACACACACACACACACACACACACACACACACACACACACAGCCAGUAUAGUUUACUGUGUGUCUUGUCUGUUUAGUUUGAUGUGUCUUGUCUGUUUAGUUGAAUGUGUGUCUUGUCUUGUCUUUAGUUUAAUGUGUGUGUUGUCUGUAUAGUUGAAUGUGUGUUUUGUCUUUAUAGUUUAAUGUGUGUUUUGUCUUUAUAGUUGAAUGUGUGUUUUGUCUUUAUAGUUGAAUGUGUGUGUUGUCUGUAUAGUUGAAUGUGUGUUUUGUCUGUAUAUGUCACGCCCUGACUCAGAGGACGCUUAUAUGUUGAGUCAGGGUGUGUAUAUUCCUUGUUGUGAUUUUCUAUGUUGUAUUUUCUAUGUUUAGGAUCUAGUAUGUCUAGUUCUAUGUUGGCCGGUGUGGUUCCCAAUCAGAGGCAGCUGUCGCUCGUUGUCUCUGAUUGGGGAUCAUACUUAGGCAGCCUAUUGGCACUAGUGAGUUGUGGGAUCUUGUUCCGUGUGAGGCAUGGUGUGUGUGUGUGUGUGUGUGUGUGUGUGUGUGUGUGUGUGUGUGUGUGUGUGUGUGUGUGGUGUGUGUGUGUGUGUGUGUGUGUGUGUGUGUGUGGUGUGUGUGUGUGUGUGUGUGUGUGUGUGUGUGUGUGUGUGUGUGUGUGUGUGUGUGUGUGUGUGUGUGUGUGUGUGUGUGUGUGUGUGUGUGUGUGUGUGUGUGUGUGUGUGUGUGUGUGUGUGUGUGUGUGUGUGUGUGGUGUGUGUGUGUGUGUGUGUGUGUGUGUGGUGUGUGUGUGUGUGUGUGUGUGGUGUGUGUGUGUGUGUGUGUGUGUGUGUGUGUGGUGUGUGUGUGUGUGUGUGUGUGUGUGUGUGUGUGUGUGGUGUGUGUGUGUGUGUGUGUGUGUGUGUGUGUGUGUGUGUGUGUGUGUGUGUGUGUGUGGUGUGUGUGUGUGUGUGUGUGUGUGUGUGUGUGUGUGUGUGUGUGUGUGUGUGUGUGUGUGUGGUGUGUGUGUGUGUGUGUGUGUGUGUGUGUGUGUGUGUGUGUACACACACACCUUGGACUUCAUGUAUCGUUAGUCUGUUGUGUUUCUUUAUUUUGUUCAAAUAAACAUGUAUGCAUAUCACGCUGGGCCUUGGUCUGACCCGUUCAUCAACGAACGUGACAGUAUAGUUGAAUGUGUGUUUUGUCUUUAUAGUUUAAUAUGUGUUUUGUCUGAAUAGUUUAAUAUGUGUUUUGUCUGUAUAGUUUGCCCUUAUGGAGGUCAUGGGGACUUUCAUUAUGGACAGCUUUGGCCCAAAGAUUCUCCUCAUGCUGAAGUACAAAGAGCUGGUGACCCAAUUACUCUGCUUCUUGACCUUCCUGCUUGGCCUUCCUUGCAUUACUCAGGUGUGUGUGUGUGUGUGUGUGUGUGUGUCCGUGUGUUUGUAUUUCUGUGUGUGUGUGUGCGUGCAUGCGUGUGUAUCUGGUUUCAAGAGGUGUAAUUUAUUUUUUUAUUUAACCAGGUAAGCCAGUUGAGAACAAGUUCUCAUUUACAACUGCGACCUGGCAUCUUGGUGCCAUUAUCCUAUUCAAACAAAUAACCUAUUGUGCCCUUGGGUCUUGGUCUUUACAGGGCGGGGUUUACAUCUUCCAGCUGCUAGACUAUUCUGUUGGCAUAACACUGAUGUUCACUUCUUUAUUUGAAGUUGUUGCCCUAAGCUGGAUAUUUGGUAAGUGCUCCAAUGAGAGCUUUAAUGGCACUCUUUUUACAUUUUAGUCAUUUAGCAGACGCUCUUAUCCAGAGCGACUUACAGUUAGUGAGUGCAUACAUUUUCAUACUGCACCCCUGUGGGGAACGAACCCACAACCCUGGCGUUGCAAGCGCCAUGCUCUACCAACUGAGCUACACGGGGCCUCACACAAUGAAUGUAUCUGUUCGCUUCAUCUGGCCCUGAAUGAUAAUGUCCUGUAGUAUGACAUUUUUCAUCGAUUUUUCUCUCCAAAACAACUCCUGCUUCCAAAGUAGAUUUGUGAAGUAUUGUCUGAACAUGUCCCAAAUAGAAACGUCUUGUGACCUUUCUUUUCAAAGAUUAAUUUCAUAUACAUCAGAUAAUGACCUUUGCAGAUACCAUUCUUAUCAUUGCUUAAAUGCUUUUAGUCCGUGACAGUACACUUCCUGCUGAUUUGUAGGAGUACGGCGGCUCUCUAUCAUGGUGAAAAGGAUUCUGGGAAAGCCUCCAAACGUCUUCUUUAAGCUCUGCUGGUUGGUGGUCUCUCCGCUGUUGAUCGUGGUGAGUCUACUUGAAGAUCCUCAUUGAACCACUAACACAACACAGCCCUUAUCCCAGGGAGAUCGUUCAAGAUUGAUAUCGAAAUCUGACAUCUAUAAAAAAAAGUCGCACACUCUAUGUAUAAACUCCCAGUAAUUUAUUUUGGUAAAAAAACACCAACGUUUCGGCAUCACUGUGCUCGAUGCUUUCAUCACCGUCUCCACCACUCCCCUGAACGGGGGUGGGGUUCUUCAGGGUAAGGUCAUGAAUGCUUGAACCAUGUUAUGUAGACAAACAAUUAGUGAGGGAUGUGUCGUAAUUGCUAAGUUAAUCAGAAUGAAAAACUGUUAAAGACAAUAGCCCACAGCAUAUUGAAUAUAUUAGGCCAUUGUUAGCAUUAGCAUCAACAUACAUUGUUUCAUUUAAUUUCACAUAUAUAUUUAAAUAUUUCCUAUGUCAUUAAAUGUUUUUGUUACAUGUAAUCUUUUGGUUCAACCAUAAUGCAUAAUAAGCAUCAUUAACAGGGGGAACAUAUUGGGUGUAGACCUUUUCACAAAGAAUAUAGGGGCAACAGUGAGCGCUAUUACUAUCAAGUAGGCUUGGGUUGUGGCAGAUGGUCGUAAUCCCAUGACUCUGGAUCAGAGGGUAAUGUGUUCGAUCUCAGUUAUGGAGGCUGGUUAAUUUGUUUUUUGUUUUAACCAUAUCUCAAACCUUAACCCCUUACCUUAACCAUUCGGAAUGAUUGCCUAAACUAACCCUUAACUUUGAAAUUUGAUGUUUGAGGUACGUGGAUAAACGUCCAAUUCUGCAGUGAAACUGAAAGUUUGUUGCUUAUCCAGGGCAGCCCACACAAUGAGCAAAACAUUUACAGCAUUAAUCACCCUGGUAUUCAUAGCUGACUUUGAAAAGGCCUUUGAUAAAGUACGACUGGAAUUUAUAUAUAAAUGUCUGGACUAUUUUAAUUUAGGAGAAUCUCUUAUAUAAUGCGUUAAAGUUAUGUAUAGUAACCCCAGGUGUAAAAUAGUAAAUAAUGUCUACUUCUCAGAAAGUAUUAAAUUGUCAAGAGGAGUAAAACAAGGUUGUCCACUAUCGGCAUAUCUAUUUAUUAUUGCCAUCGAGAUGUUAGCUAUUAAAAUCAGAUCCAACAAUAUCAAGGGGCUAGAAAUCCAGGCCUUAAAACAAAGGUGUCACUGUAUGCUGACGAUUCAUGUUUUCUUUUAAAUCCUCAAUUUGGAUCCCUGCACAGUCUCAUAGUGGAUCUAGAUAAUUUUUCUAACCUCUCUGGAUUAAAACCGAAUUAUGAUAAAUGCACCAUAUUACGUAUUGGAUCUAAAAAAAAAUCAAACUUUUACAUUAGCGUGAAGUGGUAAUGGACAGUGAAGUGGACAUACUCUGUAUUCAUAUCCCGAAAAGAAAGAAAUUAUCUCACUACAAUACAUUUCAAUCUUGCUACCAUGGAAAGGUCAACACCUGUCUAUUUGUGGGAAAAAUAUCCCAGUUUACCUAUUUACUUAUGGCCCUAACUACACCUAAUGACUUGUUUGUUUAAUUAUAUGAGCAAAAAAUAUUCCACUUCAUUUGGAACGGCCAGACAAAAUUAAAUGGGCCUAUUUAUAUAAUGAAUAUGAAUUCGAAGUGCAGAAAUGAUUAAAUAUUAAAGCAUUGGACCUCUCACUAAAGGCUUCAGUCAUACAAAAACUAUACUUAAAUCUGAACUGGUUCUCUAGCAGAUUAGUAAGAAUGGUUCACCCCGUGUGCAAGAACGGCCUUUUUCCCUUCAUUCAGAUUACGACCUCUCACUUUUGGUUAUUUGAAAAUAAAAGAAUCUUCCGAAAUAUUGCUAUUUUUAAAACAAGCAAUAGAAAGCUGGUUGCAAUUUUAGUUUAAUCCACCAGAAAAGACAGAACAAAUAUUAUGGUUAAACUCAAAUAUACUUAUUGAUUUAGAAAUACAUUAUUUUUGGAACACAUUUUUUAAAAACGGUAUAACCUUUGUAAAUGAUAUCAUAAAUAGGACUGGUGGAGUUAUGUCACACGUGCAGUUAACAAAAAUAUAUGGAAAUGUCUGAUCGAACCAACUGAUUGCAGCAUUACCGCAAAAACGGAGGAGGCAAGUGGAAAGGGGAGAAGGUAAGGAACUUUGUCUGUCGGCCCUGCAUUAAAGACAAAAGUGAUAAAUAAAAAAGUAUACCAGUUUCAUAUAAGGACCAAAACAUUGACAGCUGCGCCAUACAGGUUGCAGAAGUUCUAGAGAAUAGUUGAGAAUAUAUUUUUUAUGUACUGAUUCCAUGGCACAUGGAUUAUGAAUUUAUACACAAAACAACGCUGGAUUCAAAAGUUUGUUUUUUCAAUUAUUAUACAGAAUUCUUGCAACCAAUAGAAUGUUAUAAAAAACCAUCCCAGCUCUGCAGAUUUUGCUGCGAAGAGACAGAAUCAUUAGAUCACUUGUUUUGGUACUGCCCAUAUGUAGCUUGUUUUUGGUCGCAGGGUCAGAAAUGGCUGAAAAAUUUCAACAUUUACUUGAAGCUAAUGCUGCAAAUAGUCCUGCUGUGUGAUUUGAAAAGUCAUAGUCAAUCGAUCAAUAAUAUAAUAACUCUCUUAGCAAAGGUGUUAUCUUUAAUUUACAAUCUGUAGAAACUAUGAGAAUAGAAAGGUUCAGAACUUUUAUGAAACAUCACAGCACAGUGGAAAAGUAUAUGGCAGCUAGAAAUCAAAACUGGAUGGUCUUCCGAGAUAGAUGGGAGGAGUUGAGGGUAGCUGAAGGCUGGGACUAAAAACAAACAAAAGAUAACUAAUGUAAAAUAUACUGUCCGUGAAAUGUAUGUAGUAUGUAUAAGCUGGAAGUGGAAACCUAAGUAUUGUUGUCCAUUAGUGUACUCCAAUUAGGGAAGGGGUGUUAGGGUUAGGGGAAAAUAAUAAAGGAAAAUAUAUUUAACAAAAAAUUUUAUUAAAAAUAAUAUACACUACCAGUCAAAAGUUUGGACACACCUACUCAUUCAAGGUUUUUUCUUUAUUUUUACAAAUAGAAAAAAUAAAUAAAUACAAAUCACGCUGCAUUGUAUUGCGAGUUUAACUGUGUUUCACGGUUCUGUAUUUUACACAGGUCAGUGCUGUUCUGAGUAUGUCUCUUACCUUUUAUAGUGAACUUUUCUCUAGGAUUAAGACAUUUGUUAACAAACGUAUGUAUUCAACCGUAGCUAUUUUUCAACUAGCCAGAAGAUCCGACCUGCUUGCUUACAGCUGCACUAGUGUCGGACAGGCUUCCUGUGUAGAUUGAAGACACCGCAGAUCCGGCGCCAGAUAUGGCUCUGGAAAAUCUACCUCAAUCCAGGGAUGAGAAAUCGAAUCCGUGGUGUCUUAAUCUACACAGGAAGCCUGUCCGACCCUACUGCAGCAGUAAGGCUAUUUUUUCCCCCAACCAACCUUUUCUACCUGUAGGCCAUAUUGGUCACCACCAUGGUCCAGCAUAGACCACUCCGUUACGGGGAGACGUAUCGCUACCCAGCAUGGGCUGACGGUGUUGCAUGGAUCAUCAUCUUUCUGUCCGUUGGCUGGAUCCCUCUUGGAGCCAUGCAUGAGCUGCUUGGAAGGAAAGGCACUUGCUUAGCGGUAAGGUUUGUACGUGAAUGCACAUUAUUCCGUGAUGUGGAUGGAUGGAUAGACGGAUGGUGGAUGGAUGGUGGAUGGAUGGUGGAUGGAUGGUGGAUGGUGGGUGGAUGGUGGAUGGUGGAUGGAUGGUGGAUGGAUGGUGGAUGGAUGGUGGAUGGAUGGAUGGAUGGAUGGUGGAUGGAUGGUGGAUGGAUGGUGGAUGGAUGGUGGAUGGAUGGAUAUGCAGAUAUAUGAAUGUAUUCCUCUCUCCCGGUGUAGAGGCUGAAGGCGUCGGUGACUCCCAGGAUCACCCUGGAGGAAAACUGCAACGUGCCUGUCAAUGGAGACCAACACCAAGACGAUGUUAAGUCUCUGUACAGUCUCUCUGAGGUCAGUCCUCUACGUGAAGAGAAAGACCUCGGGGACAUGCAGGCUCCUGUGUGGCUCAAUUGCUAGAGCUUUGCAAUGUCAUGGGUACGAUUCCCGCUGGGGCAACCCAUGUCUCUAUGCUCACAAUGUCCAUUGAAUAUACUUCUGAAAGGCACAAUGCUCAAUAAAGGAACGUGACUAGGUCAGUAUUUAAAUGUUGGUGCUGUUUUCAUUUGAUACUGUCGGUACACCACUGGAAGGUACACGGGUACUGGUCCAGACUACAGCCGCCCGAAAGCGCACAUUAAGGCUUACUUCAGGAUCUGCUAUGUACAUCCUAAUAUACACAGUUUCCAAGACACUUUGGGGAAGGAGAGUUGAAAUAUGCCUGCCGUUCUGUGCUUUGUCACUGUGACAAGUGUUUAGGCUUGUUUUUAGCCCGUGGACCCUGACUGGAUAUUGCCGGUCAAUCGUAAAGCUCUCAAAGUACAGUAACACUUCUGAAGGUGGUGUUACAAUAGCUUUUAAUGAGACAAUGGUGCAAACACUGUCUACGCUAUAAUAGACCUCAGUUUAGUUGAAAUAGAUGGUAUUUCUUUUGUAUCUUUAUUUAUCUUGAUGUAUAGACUGGCUUAGAUGGUGGUUUACUUAUUGAGUGCUCAGCAGCAGGUGUUGUUUAUACUAUAUACUGGUGAUAUCGUUUUUUAACGAGGUGCAUUUUCACAACAAAAAAAGAAAAAGGUUUCUGUCAGACUUUGUGCCCUUAAAAGGGUACUUUCUUGAUUCUCCCUGUAUUCAACUAAUUGUCUCGCAAAACUAACAACCACCUCGUAAAAAUACACUAUUAGGUAGAAAUGAAGGCACAGGGAGAGAGUGAGUCCGUGCAUGCAGUGUCGGCAGCACACGGAGGCCAGGGGACAGUACAGUGUGAGAGGGAGGUUUAAGAAGACAUAAACAGAGCAGGACAGUAGACCACCCUGGAGCCAGCCUCAAACAAACUUAAUGUGCCCCCGUGUUGAGUCAGUGUGGUGGAACAUGCUAAUCUCCUGUCUUCAAAACACUGGCCCCACGAUGGACCGGUGUGGCAACAACAUACAAGCUGAUGAGAGUGGGGGGGGGGGGGGGGGGCAGAGAGAGAGAGAAAGGGGUGGGGGGUUUGCUGAUGAUCUGGUGCUUCUGUCCCCAACCAAGGAGGGCCUACAGCAGCACCUAGAUCUUCUGCACAGAUUCUGUCAGACCUGGGCCCUGACAGUAAAUCUCAGUAAGACAUAAAAAUAAUGGUGUUCCAAAAAAGGUCCAGUUGCCAGGAACACAAAUACAAAUUCCAUCUAGACACCGUUGCCCUAGAGCACACAAAAAACUAUACCUACCUCGGCCUAAACAUCAGCAACACAGGUAACUUCCACAAAACUGUGAACGAUCUGAGAGAUCAAGAAGGAUCUUCUACACCAUAAAAAGGAAUAUAAAAUUCAACAUCCCAAUUAGGAUCUGGCUAAAAAUACUUGAAUCAGUUAUAGAACCCAUUGCCCUUUAUGGUUGUGAGGUCUGGGGUCCGCUCACCAACCAAGAAUUCACAAAAUGGGACAAACACCAAAUUGAGACUCUGCAUGCAGAAUUCUGCAAAAUCAUGGUCCAUGUACAACCCUAUGGUAUUUAAUAAUAAUAAUAAUAUGCCAUUUAGCAGACGCUUUUAUCCAAAGCGACUUACAGUCAUGCGUGCAUACAUUUUUGUGUAUGGGUGGUCCCGGGGAUCGAACCCACUACCUUGGCGUUUCAAGCGCCGUGCUCUACCAGCUGAGCUACAGAAUUUCAUGGUAUUGUGGGAGAUACAAUGAUGAGAGAUGGGUAACUAGUGUUAUUAAAUUAUUAAGUGUCCUGUUGCAGAUCGUGUAUUUAAUGCCUCCCAGUGGAGGAGACCAGUGA